AAAACAAUGAUUUUUAAAAUCUCUAUUUGUUAGAGUUGAAAUUAAAACUGCCUUCAGUUUCCUGCUGGUAGAUUAGGUCUAGAUACCAGUGCAUUACAAAAUCUUUGGAACUGUGAAUUAGGAGUGAAAAUCUUCCUGAGUUUUUGUUAUAAGUUCUUGAAAUUAAAGUAAGAAUUUCAUUUGCUGGGUUGGCUAGGUAUAGAGAUGGAGUGGCUGUUGGAGGGGUUAAGUUGGAGCCACUGGUGCAUAUAUAUUUCAGAGGAUUCAGAAAAACACAGCAGUGGAGCCUGGGUCAAUCCAUUUCUGUGAACAAGCAGUGACCAAUAGAAAAGGAAGAAGAAGAUCCAAGGAGGCUGAGGUACUAUUAUGGCAAGCACAAUCAGUUUCAUCAUCUGGGUGUUGUUCAUAACAGACACGGUAUGGACUCAGAGUGUGAGACAGGUCUAUGAGGUACAUGAGCCAGGGGAUUGGACGAUGGAUGACUUCGAUUGUCCCAGGGAAUGCUUCUGUCCCCCAAGUUUCCCUACUGCUUUAUAUUGUGAAAAUCGAGGUCUCAAAGAAAUCCCUGCUAUUCCUUCACGGAUCUGGUAUCUGUAUCUUGAGAACAAUCAGAUAGAAACCAUUCCUGAGAAGCCGUUCGAGAAUGCCACCCAGUUGAGAUGGAUAAAUUUAAAUAAGAACAAAAUAACCAACUAUGGAAUUGAAAAAGGAGCCCUAAGUCAGCUGAAGAAGCUGCUUUUCUUAUUUCUUGAAGACAAUGAGCUAGAAGAAGUACCUUCUCCAUUGCCAAGAAGUUUAGAACAGUUGCAGUUAGCUAGAAACAAGGUGUCCAGAAUUCCUCAAGGGACCUUUAGCAAUCUAGAAAAUCUAACCCUUCUGGAUCUGCAGCACAAUAAACUAUUAGACAACGCCUUUCAAAGAGACACCUUCAAGGGACUCAAGAACCUCAUGCAGCUAAAUAUGGCCAAGAAUGCUCUGAGGAACAUGCCACCAAGAUUACCAGCCAACACAAUGCAACUGUUCCUGGACAACAAUUCCAUUGAAGGAAUACCAGAAAAUUAUUUUAAUGUUAUUCCUAAAGUGGCCUUCCUGAGGCUCAACCAUAACAAAUUAUCAGAUUCAGGGCUCCCAUCCAGUGGUUUUGAUGUGUCAUCCAUUCUAGAUCUUCAACUGUCUCAUAAUAAACUCACAAAGUUUCCCCGCAUCAAUGCCCACCUGCAACACCUUCACCUGGAUCACAACAAAAUUAAACGUGUGAACGUAUCUGUAAUCUGUCCUGCAUCUACGGCACUGCAUGCAGAACAAGAUGUGUUUAUUCAUGGACCUCAGCUGAGCUACCUCCGUCUGGAUGGAAAUGAAAUCAGGCCACCAAUCCCAAUGGAUUUAAUGACGUGCUUCAGGCUUCUUCAGGCUGUCAUUAUUUAAAUACAUCUUCCCAAAUCUAGAUUGGUUUAGUGAGCUCAUGUUUCUGACAUGAAAUUUGGUCAUUAUUCAUAGGUUUAGGGAAAAAAAAAUCAUAUUUCCAGUUGCUCUUGGCCACCAUUUUCAUUUGUGCGGCUUAGGCUUUUUUUGUAUUUGAAGAGGCUUUCACCAAUGACUCACGGUGUGGCUCGUAUUAAUUUUCUUUUCUUUACUAAAUACAGACACAGAGGGGCUGGGUUGUGGCUCAGUGGCAGAACACUUGCCUAGCAUGUGUGAGGCACUGGGUUCAAUUCUCAGCACCUCAUAUAAUAUAAAAUAAGGUUCCAACGUCUAAAAAAAAUAAUAAUAAUAAUAAAAAAAACAGACACAGAGUUAAGAUAGUUUAUCAACUCAAAGAUAGUUACUUUUUAUGUCUUUAAUGACUUAUUAACUAUCAUCAAAUAAUGCAUUUACAUUGUUACACAAAAACACUUGUUGUUUAUGUUCAAAUAAUGGAUUUACACAAUGCAAAGCAUGUACUUGUUUAUGUUCAAUAUUACUUAUGCAGAUACUAUAUUUACAGUAUAAAUACAAUAAUCAAACAGGAAGUAAUAAAUAAUCAAACAGGAAGUUGGAAGAUCUAAAGAAAACAAACAAUGCAAUAUUUCUUUAUUAUGAUGAUGAUGAAAUAAAUGCAGAUUGCUAAAUGGCUUUUAAACAUGAAAUUUUUUUAUUUAGUUGAAGUGUGUGUAUUAAAGGAGUCAACUACUUCAUAUAAAGAGAGUUCUAGUCAUUUAAUACCAAAUAAUAAAGCAGAAGACAUUUGUAAUUCACUAUCAUUUUUGUGACAAUUUUUUUAUAUACAGCACUGUUCUCUAGCAAUUGAAAGUUCUAAAUUUGAAAUUCAUUAUAACACUUUUCUUACAGAAUCAUUGUUUUGACACCUGAAAUCACUUUCAAUUGCAAAUUAUUCUGCUCUUGUUCUGCUCAUGAGUUUUGAAUUUAAUAAAUAAAAAGAGUAAACGAUUUCUAGCAAAACAGAAGUAAAAUAUUUGUUUCAAGGGCAUUUUUCACAAGUUUUAUUUAGGGAGAUAUUUUUAAUAAGUGUCAUUAUAACAAUUAUUUUUAUUUUUCUAGCAUGAAUAUAUGCCAGUGUGUUUUCCUCUAC